UAUUCUAUUGUCGGGAUUCUUGUAGGUAAACUUUGCACUGUGCGCACGCAACGGUCGCCGACUUUGAUCGUCAUCGCACGGGGUAUUUGUCUCGAUGACGCGUGUCUCUGACGUUGAGAAUGAAUGAUGACAAGAAGAAAGGGGGGGGAAGGCGGGGGGAAGGCAGACUAGCAGAGAAGUAGGAGACGUUACACGCUUUAGAGGGGAUAUCUUCGUAUCCCAGGGUUUUCCUUCCUCGUGUUCAUUCGUUUUGUCAGUCUCGCAACCGGACUCCGAGCGGUCGAAUCACCGGUUCGUAGCUCGUUUCCUCUCUUCUUUAUCUCUCCCUCUCGCUCUCUCACGUUCAAGAACAUCUCACCUGAGCGAUACACUCUACCACGUGCAACUCAUCGUGGAAUUUCUUCCAAUUAUCGUUUAGUCACACGAUCGGUUAUUGUCGUUUUUAGACAGGCAGAUUAUCUCGAGUAAUUUCUAUGGAUCUAAAGAUACUGAGGAGACCGAGAAGGAGAAUUCUCGAGAAUUUGCGCAAUCCAAAUCAACGCGGACACCUCGCUGAGAUAGAAAGUUCGAAAGUCGCGAAAGUGCAGUGAGACACGACAUGUAAGCACAGCUGACUUCACGAAGUGUGAUUUUUAAAGCCACGUAACUCAAAAACAUAUCAAUGAGUAUACAUAUAUAGUUAAAUGUUAUAAAAGCUGAAAGGAAAUUGAAUGAUGCGAAAAAAGUUACAUGUAAAACGAAGUGAAAGAUACAAUUGAAUGAUAUAAUAAAAUAAAACGGAAGAUUUCUUUUUUAGAGAAAUAUCGAGACGUAUUGGAUGAAACAAGAAAAACAAGAGAAAAAAAGGGAAAUAAGUGGAAAUAAUUGGAAGCGAAGGGGAGAAGAAUAGAACAAACUGAAAGGAAGAGAAGUAUCUCGAAAGAGCUAAAGAGAAGAUAAAAGGAAAGAGAAAUAUAGGAAAAAGUUACUUCAAAGUGAGAGCGAGCAGUGCGGCCGACUUCAUGCGACGAGCUUGUGCGCGACCACAUGAUUCGCGAUUACAUUUGAUUGAUCGCAACAUGUAUGUCCUGAAGAAACGGAGAUUUCUCCAGCACGAUAGCACCUUGUCCGCGUGUCAAGUACGCGAAGAAUUUUUGCAGCGCUAUCAUGAACUCUUACAACGGUAUAUGGAUAUCGGAGAGGACAUCGGCGUCCCCGAAGAGUUCACGAAGGGUGAGAUGGUGUCCGGAAUGUGGUGGCGACAUUUAGUAUCUGGCGGAAUAGCAGGUGCCGUAUCACGUACUUGCACUGCGCCCCUAGAUCGUAUCAAGGUCUAUCUACAAGUCCACGGCACACGACACUGCAAUAUCAUGAGUUGCUUCAGGUACAUGUUGCGCGAGGGUGGCAUUAGCAGCCUAUGGCGCGGUAAUGGCAUUAACGUGCUCAAGAUUGGCCCGGAGACAGCGCUCAAGUUUAUGGCGUACGAGCAAGUGAAGCGGGCCAUCAAGGCGGAUAAUGAGGCGCGCGAACUCGGACUCUACGAGCGAUUUUGUGCCGGCUCUAUGGCUGGUGGUAUCAGUCAAUCAGCCAUCUAUCCCCUCGAGGUGUUGAAGACAAGGCUCGCAUUGCGAAAAACGGGGGAAUUUGAUGGCAUGGUUGACGCAGCCAAGAAAAUAUAUAGACAGGGUGGUUUGAAAUCCUUCUACAGAGGCUACAUACCUAAUUUGAUAGGAAUACUGCCAUAUGCCGGCAUCGAUUUAGCCGUUUACGAAACGCUGAAAAAUACUUAUUUACGUACGCAUGAUAAGAAGGAACAGCCAGCAUUUUGGAUUCUAUUGUUGUGCGGCACUGCGUCGAGCACGGCCGGCCAAGUAUGCUCGUAUCCGCUAGCGUUAGUGCGGACGCGACUGCAGGCCGAGAUUGCACCCGAUCGCUCGCCCAAUACUAUGAUUGGCGUCUUCAAAGACAUCCUUAAUCGCGAAGGAAUACGUGGUCUAUAUCGCGGUCUCACGCCUAAUUUUCUUAAGGUUGCACCUGCCGUAUCUAUUAGCUAUGUAGUGUAUGAGCAUUUCCGGCAGGCGUUGGGCGUCAAUAUGACGUGAUGAACAUGAACGCUAGGUGACUGAUUAAUUCAAUUAACUAACUUAUUCUCUCUCUCUUUCUCUCUUUUUCCUCUCUCACUUUACUCAUAAGUAAUCGACAUGGCGAAUGAUCGUUUGGCGGUAAAACGCGUUUGUUCGUCUUUUCUCAAAGAAGAAAAAGGCGAAUAAAGAAGAAAGAAAAUAGCAGUGUUAUUUAUUGUUAUCGCUAAUAGGAGAAACUUCUUCGAUUAAUCGAGCGUUCUAUC